AUGCUUCCCCGUGACCUUCCCACGCGGACCGCCUUUUAUGAUCCUGUUGCGGAGCGCCAGAUGAGCCAGACAGACGCCAAACUUUUCUACCAGCGGAGCCAAAUCGGCCAGCUAAAGACAGGCAGUGGUGUGUGGUCUCAGGGCCACUCCACGCCCCCUCACGGCAGCCCCGUAAUUGUUGGCUCCGAGCAUCGUGAUAUCCCUGCCGGCCCUCGAGACCUCGAGUACCCUGUGGAUUCGUCCCCAUUGGCCAAAGAAAGGACCAUAUCGAAGGUAAAGGCCGCGGCACAUGAGGGCGCGAUGCUGCCGGAUCUGACUCAACAGCGGCUUGACCAAACUACUGACUUGGAGAGCUUCCUGCCCCCUCGGGACCAUCCUUUUCGAGAUGGCCCCGAACCGCUUGGGAAUCGUGGCCCAGCUGCUAAUGUGGGCUUGGAUCACAACACUGGUUCCAAUGUCCGCGCCCCGAAUCAUCCUGCCCUUGGUGUAGCCGCCUUCUCGGACACGGACCCACACAUCACGGCUGAGCUCAGUGCCAUUUCCAAGAAUAUUCAGAGCAUUAUGGACCUUCGAGAGAGGUAUAUUGGGCUAUCACUUCAGGGGCCGGACGACAAUCCUCGGGAUGAUCCGUCCUGGUCAAUUUAUCCACCUCCGCCCCAGCCAGCCUGGGGAGCAGAGCACGCAAGAGCCGUCGCCCCCGGCGAGCACCACGCCAGCACGUCCAACAGCCUGACCGGUAGCAUGGUGUUGCCCCCUGCCGCUGAUGACCUCGCGGGCCGCCAGGCACCUGGCGUUGAAUCGAAGCCAACGGCCAAGAAGCGAAAGCCUGGCCAAGACAUUGGCGAGGAUUUUGAUAUGGACGAUCUCUUACCCCUUCCCUCGGCCGACAAUACAAGGUUCAAGCUCGACGACAGUGGUGUGUACCAAGUCUUUGAGGAUGAAGCGGCCGAGGCCAGCGGGAACCCUAUCAUUAUGGUUCCUACUAUCCGUGAAUUUUACAUGGAUCUUGACCAGAUCCUAAGUAUUUCAUCGGAUGGUCCUAGCAAGAGCUUUGCUUUCCGUCGCCUUCAGUAUCUUGAGGGCAAGUUUAACCUGUACGCGCUACUCAACGAGUACCAGGAGACGGCGGACAGCAAGAAGGUUCCCCACAGAGACUUUUAUAAUGUGCGCAAAGUCGACACUCACGUUCACCACUCUGCCUGCAUGAACCAGAAACAUCUUCUGCGUUUCAUCAAGAGCAAGAUGAAGAAGUGCCCCGAUGAGGUUGUGCUUUACCGCGACGAUCGCCAUCUUACCCUGGCAGAGGUGUUCCAAAGUAUCAACCUCACCGCAUACGACCUUUCUAUCGAUACCUUGGAUAUGCAUGCGCACACCGAUUCCUUUCACAGAUUCGAUAAGUUCAAUCUCAAGUACAACCCAAUUGGCGAGUCUCGCCUUCGGACAAUAUUUCUCAAGACGGACAACUUUAUCAACGGACUGUACUUGGCCGAAAUCACCAAAGAGGUCAUUGCCGACCUUGAGUCGAGCAAGUACCAGAUGGUAGAAUGGCGGAUUUCCAUCUACGGUAAAUCGCUCGACGAGUGGGACAAGCUCGCCGCCUGGGUCGUGGACAACAAACUCUUCUCUCACAAUGUCCGCUGGCUAAUUCAGAUCCCGCGCUUGUACGAUGUGUACAAGGCGAGCGGUCUCAUGGACACGUUUGAGCAAGUGGUGAAGAACGUCUUCGAACCUCUAUUCGAGGUGUCAAGGGACCCUUCGAGCCAUCCAAAGCUUCACAUCUUCCUACAAAGGGUUAUUGGUUUCGACAGCGUCGACGAUGAGAGUAAGGUGGAAAGGCGUCUAUUCAAAAAGUUUCCAGUUCCCAAGGUGUGGGAUUCGAAGCAGAACCCUCCGUACAGCUACUGGAUUUACUAUCUGUUCGCCAAUAUGUCGUCGCUCAACGCGCUAAGAAAACGCCGGGGGUUUAACACAUUCGUGAUGCGGCCACACUGUGGUGAAGCCGGCGACAGCGAACACCUUGCUGUGGCUCUCCUCUGUUGCCACAGCAUUAGCCACGGCUUGUUACUGCGCAAGGUUCCGCUCUUGCAAUACAUUUUCUACCUUGAGCAGAUCGGUAUUGCCAUGUCGCCGUUGAGCAACAACGCGUUGUUCCUCGCCUACGAAAGAAACCCGUUCUACCAAUACUUCCGCCGCGGUCUGAACGUGUCUCUCUCAACAGAUGAUCCGCUGCAAUUCGCCUUUACUAAAGAACCACUCAUGGAAGAGUACGCUGUGGCCGCUCAGAUCUACAAGUUGAGCCCGGUGGACAUGUGCGAGCUUGCAAAGAAUUCUGUCAAGCAGAGUGGUUUUGAGAGUGCGAUCAAGGAACAGUGGCUGGGGCCCAAAUACAAGCUCCCUGGCAAAGCAGGCAAUGCUAUGGUGAAGACGAACGUCCCAGAUCGCCGAGAAGAGUUCAGAUACCAAACCCUAAGGGAGGAGCGUGAUAUGCUUCACAAGUACAUCGCCUAUGGCGCCAAGGGGUCGUCUGAUUCCACUGUUACGGCUGACCAACAGAGCGUGGCCCAAAGCAUCAUUGGCGGACACCAGUCGGCGGUACUCCGCGAACACACCAACACGGGUAGCGAGCUCGCCGCUGCUACUGCCUCUGAUGAGCGAAAUGAGAAGGCGGCUUGGCCAGGCAAUGUUGGCAAUGUUGGUAAUGUGGCGGUUCCCGAGAACGAUGUGGUCGCUUCUCCUGCCAGCCUUACACCUUCCAUAGAAGGGUCAUGGCCGGCUAAUGCCCAUACAUCAGGGCAAGACCCCAAGCUGUUUCCAGGAGUCUUCAGCCGAGGCCAGGUGGGCAGCAACCAGUGA